GGCAACAUGGCGUCACCAGAUGUCCACGUCCGAAUGUGUGAACAAGAAAUACUGAAAUAUGACUUGGAGAUCAAAGCUCUCAUCCAGGAUGUUAAUGAGUGCUCAGGGCCUCAGAACCAGCUGACAGAACUGAACGCAGACAUGAAGAAGAGUUUCCACAACCUCAGAUUGAAGAUUCAGGAUUUAGAACAGAUGGCGAUGGAGCAAGACAAAGAGUCAGGCAAGCAAACGUUGAUCAGUCAGGUAGAGGGACACAGAAAACAGAUGCUGAGCAACCAGACAGCUUGGAGGAAAGCUAACCUCGCCAGCAAACUGUCCAUAGACAAUAUGGAAAAGCAGGCACUUCUGAAUAGAUCAGAUAGCGCUGUGAGACAGAGGAAGAUGACCAAAGAUGGUCUGGCCCACACAACCAGCGACAUAACAGCAAACCUAAUGAGCAUCAGUCGGAUGAUGGCGCAGCAGGUUCAGCAGAGCGAGGAGACCAUGACCUCACUAGGGACCUCCUCCAGGACAAUCCAAGAGACCAACGAGGAAUUUAAGACCAUGACGGGGAGCAUCCAGCUCGGGAGAAAACUCAUCACAAAAUACAACCGAAGGGAGCUCACUGACAAACUACUGAUCUUCCUAGCGUUGGCUCUCUUCUUCGCCACCGUUCUCUACAUUCUCAAGAAGAGACUAUUCCCCUUCCUGUAGACCAAGGUAACUCCGAGGACACUCUCCCGUAACCACACACACUACGUUCCACAGUCGCAGCAAACUAUUUCAAUAAUUCUGAAGGCUUUGUUUAGUAUUACACACAUUAUUCACUAGUGUCCCCUCGCUGGAAUGCUGUCUGCUCACUCGGCUGAGCUGUGACGCUGCUGAGGGUGAAAUAUUGUCCACAAAGUGGAAGAUAAACCUCUGCACUCAUAUCUCUAAACAGUGUUUUAUUUGUAAAAAAUAGUUUGGUCUACUUUGUUUCAUCAAACGAAGGGAAUCACUUGUGACGGCAGAUGUAUAUGUGGUGACCCAAAAUGUGUCAGAGGUUUGUCUUUAAUUAGUGGCACAGUAAUGCUGUGCAUUGCUUUUACUUACUGUAAGUCAGACAUGGAGGGAUGGGGGAACCAAUAUUUUCUUUUAAAGGGUUCCACAACUUUUCAGUAAAAUCUGAUUAUCAAAAAAACUAUUGCCACUGUUCAUAUCAGCUCAACCUACUACAGGCGAGACACUAUUGUAAAAAUGCUUGAAUAGAAUUAGGUAAAUGUUUGCGUAACAAAAAAUGUUCCACACGUUAAUGUUCCUCAGUAACAUGUGCUUUAA